AUGGCGAGCUCCAGCUACAAUAAUGGCUAUGGUGAUCAAAAAAGGCAGACGGGGCAAGAAGAUAGGCUUAGUUUGUUACCCGAUGUUCUUCUUCUCGACAUACUUUCAUAUAUCGACACUAAAAUUGUAGUACAAUGUUCGGUAUUGUCAAAACGAUGGCUAACCGUCUGGACUAAGCUUUCUGUUUUCAAUUUCGACUUCUCCCUUUAUAAAGUGAAUCAAACAUAUGCCAAGGAUUCUUCUUUCGAUACUUUCGUUAAUAACGUUUUAGCUUGUCGUAAUAAAUCAAUUAAGAUUGAUAGUAUUAAUAUUAAGGUUAUCGAUUAUUCAACAAUGGCUCUAGUUUUUGACCAUGCUUUGUGGUUUGGUGUCCCCAAUGUGAGCAUCGAUACAUCACGAAACCCAUCCGGCGAACAUAAGUUUUCGUGCUUUAACUAUAAUGAUUCGUUGACGAAUUUUUCACUUAAAGGGCCACUCGAUUUUGGUCAAUUACCAAAAUUUAAUGGGUUGGUUAGUUUGCACCUCGAAAGAGUUAACCUAGUUGUAUCUGAACCCUUUUCGUGUUUCCCCAAUUUGGAGAAGUUGUCUUUGGUAAAUUGCAGAGUAGUGUCAUCGGAAAUUAGGGUGAUUGGUUAUAGGUUGUCUAAGCUGACAAUCUCCUCCGUAUGUUAUUAUCCAGAAAAUUUUCUGCUUUUGACUCCCGAGCUUGUGUUACUUGAGCUUGAUGGUCCUGUUCCGAUGUCAUUGAAAGCUGCUUUCGAUGAACUUCCAAGUCUCGAGUCUGUUUAUAUCGAUUACUCAUAUCCCCUAAAUGGUUUUCAACUUGAUCAUACUCUAAUCAAAACCUUUCGGUGCCUCAAAAAUGCUAAACAUGUUCAUCUGUCCACAUCUACGCUUAAGUUACUCUAUAAAGCUCGUGACAUGCUUGCUGAAGAACGUUGUUUAUUUUGGAAUCUAAAGUAUUUGAAUUUCAUCCCAAAACCAAACGAACCUGUCGAUCAGCAAGUUCUUGAAUCUGUUUUGGCUUACUUGUGCGAAGAUUCCCCACAAGCCGUUGUUGAUACGAUGCACAGAUGGCUGAAUAGCACUUCCCUUACUGCUAUAGUAUUUCAGUGUCAGUGUGUCACAACUUAA